AUGAACAUAAAUGAUAGAAUCAAUGACUAUGCCCCCACCCUCCCGUAUUGGGAGUUUGAGAAGUACGAAGGCCAAGAAGACUUAUUCGAGAUUCGACAAAAUACGAGAUUCAAUACAUAUAUACACUUUAACCUUACAGGUCUUGUUGAAGACGAAUGUAAAAGAUCCAGUUCAGGCUACGAUUAUACAGGAAAGGUUAGCGUAACACAAUCUGGGAGAAUCUGUCAAGCAUGGAAUUCUCAGACUCCGCAUUCACACCCUCGUACCAGUCUCCCAGAAAACUAUUGCAGAAACCCGGAUGGUGAGCCCGCUCCAUGGUGCUAUACUACAGAUCCAAAAAAGCGCUUUGAAAUCUGCAACAUCCCUUAUUGUGUGACACGCCCAUUGGAAUGCAUUCGAAAGAAUGAUCCUAUUGGUAGGAAAUACUUUGGGACUAUAAACGUGACAAAAAAGGGAGAACCAUGUCAGCGCUGGGAUUCCCAAACACCACAUACACACAGGUUUGAUGAACUGGCUGAUCAAGACAACUAUUGUCGAAACUCAAUCGACGGCACAGGUCCUUGGUGUUAUACGACAAAUGCCAACAACCGAUGGGAGUACUGUACAAUUCCACAUUGCUAG